GCCAUUUUCCUUGCAGGGUUUAUGCAAGUUUGCAAACAUGUUCACCGUCUCUCAGACCUCGAGAGCGUGGUUCAUCGACAGGGCCCGUCAGGCUCGAGAGGAAAGGCUGGUGCAGAAGGAACGGGAGCGGGCAGCCAUUGGGAUUCAGGCCCGUGUCCGGAGUUUCCUCUGUCGGAGUCGACUGCAGAGAGAAAUCAGGAGAGAGAUCGAUGAGUUUUUUAAAGCAGACGACUCUGGGUCCAGUAAAAGAAGUGCACUUUGUAUUUUUAAGAUUGCCAGGAAACUGCUGUUCUUGUUCAGAAUUAAGGAGGAUAAUGAGAGAUUUGAGAAGUUGUGUCGCUGUAUCCUUAGCAGCAUGGAUGCUGAGAAUGAACCCAAGGUGUGGUAUGUGUCCCUGGCUCUUUCCAAGGACCUCACCCUCUUAUGGAUUAAACAGAUCAAGGACAUAAUGUGGUAUUGCUGUGAGUUUCUCAAGCAGCUCAAGCCUGAAAUCUUACAAGACUCCAAACUCGUCACACUGUACCUCACAAUGCUUGUCACCUUCACAGACACUUCAACAUGGAAAAUUCUCCGGGGAAAAGGUGAGAGUCUUCGACCAGCCAUGAACCACAUUUGUGCAAAUAUAAUGGGACAUCUCAACCAGCAUGGGUUCUAUUCGGUGCUACAGGUUCUGUUAACCCGUGGCCUGGCGAGACCCCGGCCCUGUCUGUCCAAAGGCACUUUAACUGCAGCCUUUUCUCUCGCGUUGCGCCCUGUGGUUACUGCCCAGUUUUCAGACAAUCUGAUUCGGCCAUUCCUCAUCCACAUCAUGUCCGUGCCUGCUCUUGUGACUCAUCUCAGCACAGUGACCCCUGAGCGCCUCACUGUGUUAGAAUCUCAUGACAUGCUUCGUAAGUUCAUCACAUUUUUAAGAGAGAAAGAUCGAUGCCGUGACGUAUGUGAAAGUUUAGAAGGAUGCCAUACGCUUUGUCUAAUGGGCAACCUCCUGCAGCUGGGCUCCCUCAGCCCCCGAGUGUUAGAGGACGAGACGGAUGGGUUUGUGGGUCUGCUCACCCAGAUGCUGUGCUACUGUCAGAAGUAUGUGUCGCAGAAGAAAUCCAACCUGACCCACUGGCACCCUGUGCUUGGCUGGUUCUCCCAAUCCGUGGACUAUGGCCUUAACGAGUCAAUGCCCUUGAUCACCAAACAGCUGCAGUUCCUGUGGGGGGUGCCUCUGAUCCGGAUCUUCUUCAGUGACAUCCUGAGCAAGAAGCUGCUAGAGAACCAGGAGCCGGCCCACGUGCAGCCAGCAUCCCCACAGAACGUGCUUCCUGUGAAGAAUCUCCUAAAGCGUGCGUUUCAGAAGUCUGCGUCGGUGCGGAACAUCCUCAAGCCUGUCGGGGGUAAACGCGUGGACUCGGUGGAGGUCCAGAAGGUUUGCAACAUCUGUGUCCUGUACCAGACCUCGCUGACCACUCUGACCCAGAUCCGCCUGCAGAUACUCACAGGUCUCACUUACCUUGAUGACCUGCUGCCCAAACUGUGGGCGUUUAUCUGUGAGCUGGGGCCCCACGGAGGGUUAAAGCUCUUCUUGGAAUGCCUCAACAAUGACACUGAAGAGUCUAAGCAGCUCUUGGCCAUGCUGAUGCUGUUCUGUGACUGCUCCCGGCACCUCAUCACGAUCCUUGAUGACAUUGAAGUUUAUGAAGAACAGAUUUCAUUCAAACUGGAAGAGCUGGUCACCAUCUCCUCUUUCCUGAAUUCCUUCGUGUUUAAGAUGAUCUGGGAUGGAAUUGUAGAGAACGCCAAGGGCGAGACUCUGGAGCUGUUCCAGUCUGUCCACGGGUGGCUGAUGGUGCUGUAUGAGCGGGACUGCCGGCGGCGCUUUGCCCCUGAGGACCACUGGCUGCGGAAGGAUCUCAAACCUAGUGUGCUGUUCCAGGAACUGGACAAGGACAGAAAACGGGCACAGCUGAUCCUGCAGUACAUCCCUCAUGUCAUUCCUCACAAAAACAGAGUUCUCCUGUUCCGAAACAUGGUUACCAAGGAGAAGGAGAAACUGGGGCUCGUGGAAACCAGCUCCGCCUCCCCCCACGUCACACAUAUUACUAUCCGCCGAUCCCGGAUGCUGGAGGACGGCUACGAGCAGCUGCGGCAGCUUUCCCAGCAUGCCAUGAAAGGCGUGAUCCGCGUGAAGUUCGUCAAUGACCUCGGGGUGGACGAGGCAGGAAUUGAUCAGGACGGUGUUUUCAAGGAGUUCUUGGAAGAGAUCAUCAAGAGGGUAUUUGACCCAGCACUCAACCUGUUCAAGACAACCAGUGGGGACGAGAGGCUCUACCCUUCGCCCACGUCUUACAUUCAUGAGAAUUACCUGCAGCUCUUCGAGUUUGUGGGCAAGAUGCUGGGGAAAGCUGUAUAUGAGGGAAUUGUGGUGGACGUGCCCUUCGCAUCCUUCUUCCUGAGCCAGCUGCUCGGGCACCACCACAGCGUCUUCUACAGCUCUGUGGAUGAACUGCCGUCGCUGGACUCCGAGUUCUAUAAAAACCUCACUUCCAUUAAGCGUUAUGAUGGGGAUAUCGCUGACCUGGGCCUGACGCUGUCAUACGAUGAGGACGUCAUGGGUCAGCUUGUUUGCCAUGAACUGAUUCCUGGAGGGAAGACCAUUCCUGUUACAAAUGAAAAUAAAAUUAGCUACAUCCAUCUGAUGGCACAUUUUCGAAUGCACACUCAAAUCAAAAACCAGACAGCUGCCCUCAUUAGCGGGUUCCGUUCCAUUAUCAAGCCCGACUGGAUCCGGAUGUUCUCAACCCCUGAGCUACAGCGUCUCAUUUCCGGUGACAAUGCUGAGAUUGAUCUGGAAGAUUUAAAGAAGCACACGGUGUACUACGGUGGUUUUCAUGGAAGUCACAGGGUAAUUACCUGGCUCUGGGACAUUCUGGCCUCCGACUUCACGCCCGACGAGAGAGCAAUGUUUCUGAAGUUUGUGACCAGCUGCUCCAGGCCCCCGCUCCUGGGAUUCGCCUACCUCAAGCCGCCUUUCUCCAUCCGCUGUGUCGAAGUGUCGGAUGAUCAGGACACGGGGGACACCCUGGGCAGCGUUCUCCGAGGCUUCUUCACCAUCCGCAAGCGGGAGCCAGGCGGCCGUCUGCCCACCUCCUCCACCUGCUUCAACCUGCUCAAGUUGCCCAACUACAGCAAGAAAAGCGUCCUCCGGGAGAAGCUGCGCUACGCCAUCAGCAUGAACACGGGCUUUGAGCUGUCCUAGCUCCCGACCCCGGUGGGACUGCCUGCCCUCAGGGACUGGUCUGCCGGGGCCCUCGGCUCCAGGAGGGCAGCGUUCCAGGUGACAGACAGGUGACAUGCAGCCCCAACCACUCUAUAGCCAUGAGACUCCCCUGUGGCCUCAGAAACUUUAGAGGUACGAGACGACGCUACCCAACCUUCUCCAGGUGACACAAAGGGGAAGGAGACGUUGAGAAUAAACCUCCAGGUUCCGCCAGCAUUGGUCCUGUUUUCCUGCUUCCCAGUGGCCUGAAGCCCAGGCCUGUGAUUGCAGAGGGGCUUCUCUUUUUGAUAGUCUGGUCUUUUUGUGAAUCUUCUCUUUCCUUAACUUUCUGAGUGAACUGUGCCAGGCACUCAAGGCCCCAGAGUGGUUUUCGCGACACGGGCCCGAGUGCAUGAAGCCUACUAUGCGUGCAACGCUCUCCUUCCGUUUCUGAAAACUCUACUCAGGUAAGGCCUUGCCAAGCCUCUAUGCACCCAACAAAGUCUCUGCCUCUAGUCCACCCAGCCAGGCCCACCUGGUCCCCCAGGAAGCAGAGGCGCCUGCCGGGAGGCCCGGAGCACAGGAAGUUUGGGGCGCUGCUCCCACCUGGAAGCCACGCAUUCCGCACGGCAGCAGACCCCCUUCCCCUCUCUCACCUCCGAUGCGCCGAGUCCUCAGCAGGCCGAGCUGCCAAGGAGCCGCCACUGGGCUGUUCCUGUCUUGUGCGUUCACCUUGGCAUCCUGGGCUUCUGAGAAAAAAACCUGUUAACCCUGAGAGCAGCUCCAUUUCUAGAAGGCGCUGGCUGUCACCAUAGCCUGCCGAUUCCCUAGAAGCAGCUGCCUUUCUCCUGCUUGUUUGGCUCACUUGCUGUGUAGUAAGAAACACUAGCCAAGGUCCCUGUCUCAUCUGGGCAGAGGCUUUACCCCGUAGGUUGUAAAAUCCCAAGAAGCUUGGGUCUUGCACCCCUCCUUCCUCAGCACAGGGAACCCGGGAGUCCUUCGCACUGACUGACUCAGCUCUGGAGGCUGAGCACACUUAUGCACCCUCUGGGUUGGUUUUCUUUGUGGUAGGGAUUUUAUGUUGUUUGUUUUCUCUUCCAAUCCAUUGUGCUCUUCUGUCUUCAUCCUUGACUUUUAUCAUGAGAACUUUACCUCUGGAUCCAGGGAAUUGAGGCAGAGGCUGUGGUAGUGGUCUGUGUUGACAGCCAUCCACCCUCGCCCACCCCGUCCUGUCCCACGUGCGUCCCCACCACCGAGACUGAAGCCAGAACCGAAGCCAGGAGUGUUGGGUCCCUCCUCGGCUUGUGGAGUGGCUUAGGGCUUCCAGCUCUCUUCCAAGCACCAUAACACCUUCCAGCGGCAAAGCAGACAAGACCUGUCGUCUAGAUUCCUUCGGAGGGUUUCUGCCGGAUGCCAGUGUCCUGUGUGGGUCCAAGCCUGGCUGUGUUAGAGCCCCUGGCUUCUGGAGAACAGACUGUGUCUUUUACUUUUAUGGAAAGACGGCCAGGAAUUUAAAGAGAGACAGGAAUUUGAUAUGACUUAAGGUUUGUUGGUAACCUCUGAUUCUGUGGAUUUGCCACCUUGUUCAAAUGCUCAGUCCCUUUGACGAUCUCUUCUGAACGUGUGUGUGUGCUGAGCAGGCUUGUGCACCUAUGCUAGGGCCUGCGUAGUUGUCAACCUGCCCAAAGAAGUUUGUUCCCAUCCUGAUUUUUAUUGCCUGUGUGUGUGGGGUUGGGGGAGGAGCGGCUUCUAAGCACUGACAUCAACUUUGUUUUUUUGAUGAGGAGGGGUCGUUUGUAAUUUCAUUUAAAUUCUCUUCAACAGCUGGAAAUGUUGCACUAUCUUAAAACACUAAAUCUGUACUUUUAUAGCUGGUGUUCAGUGACACCUCAAUGGCUCUUGAUGGCUCUACAAAGUUGCUUUUUUUGUUUUCAUAGAUAACUUAUGGAUUAAAACGUGAUCAAAGGCUUUAUUAAAUUUGUACUACAGC